AUGAAGAAAUUAUUAUAUUUUGCUUUGUCUGUGGUAGCAACAUCAGCUCAGCUAGCUGAUGAGGUCUUAUUACGCAAAUGGUCUUUGCAGUUACCUACUAUCGAAAUCGAAGGCAAUAAAUUCUUCAAUAGUGAAACUGGUGAGCAAUUUUUUAUGAAAGGCAUUGCAUACCAACAGCAAGUUGAUCAGGAUAGUGAAUUAUAUGAUGGUACACCAUAUGUAGAUCCUCUUGCUGACCCACAUAUAUGUCUCCGUGAUCUACCAUAUCUGGUGGAGCUUGGAAUCAAUACAAUAAGAGUGUAUCAUAUUGACCCCAGCUCUUCACAUGAUACAUGCAUGAAGGCAUUUUCUGAUGCAGGUAUAUAUGUGCUCAUCGAUCUCGCAGAACCAGAAAUAUCCAUAGUCCGUAAUAACCCUAGUUGGGAUGUUAAAGUAUGGUCUAGGUAUAGAGAUGUAGUUGAUGCCAUGCAUUUUUAUAACAAUGUUUUAGGCUUUUUUGCUGGUAAUGAAGUGACCAAUGACAAAUAUAAUACUGAUGCUUCACCAUUUGUGAAGGCGGCAAUUAGAGAUGUAAAGACUUAUAUGCAACAAAAGGGAUAUAGGAAUAUCCCUGUAGGUUAUUCAACGAAUGACGAUGCUGAAACUAGAAUAAAUCUUUCCAAAUAUUUUGUAUGUGGAGAAAACUCAGCAGAUUUCUAUGGCAUAAAUAUGUAUGAGUGGUGUGGCUAUUCUACAUACGGCACCAGCGGCUACAAAGAAAGAACUGAAGAAUUUACUGACUUCCCUGUUCCAGUGUUUUUCUCUGAAUUUGGGUGUAACUUGGUUAGACCCAGGCCAUUUACAGAAGUAGCCGCCCUCUUCAGUAAGAAAAUGUCUUCUGUAUGGUCUGGCGGUUUAGUUUAUAUGUAUUUUGAGGAGGAAAAUCAAUAUGGUGUUGUUAAAAUUAACAAAAAUAAUGAAGUAGAGAAGCUACCUGAUUUUGAUAAUUUGAAAAAAGCAUAUAGGAAAGCAACCCCUAAGGGUGUCAAUCUUUCAGAUCAAGCUGUCUCAAGGAAAUCCAUUAAUGUUCGCAAACUUGAUUGCCCGGAGAAAAGCCAUAAUAAUAAUUGGUUAGCGUCUGAUAUUUUACCACCGACACCUAAUGACGAGAAAUGUUCUUGCUUGGAUGAGAUUUUACCUUGCCUGGCAUUACCUAGUAAUGACGAUCAAGAUCAUUACAAGACUUUAUUUAACUACGUUUGUGGGGAAGUCGACUGUACAGAUAUCAAAACAGAUGGUACAUUAGGGAAGUAUGGAAAAUUCUCAGACUGUUCAGUAAAUCAAAAGCUGUCCUUGCAAUUGAGUAAGCUUUACUACAAAUUAAAAUUAGAGGAUCACAUAUGCCCAACUAACCCGAAAUACGUUCGGUUUAACAGCGCGACCAUAACUCGGAAGGAUACUUGUGAAUCUAUCCUCAAAGAAAUUAGCCAAGGGACUGCAAAAACUAAAAAGGAACCGAUAAAUGAAAUAGUCACAUCGGUACCAGCGGAAGACGGAAUGAUUUCCUCCACCGCUAACACUUUGAGUGGCACAAUAAUACUAGUUAUUAUUGUUCUAAAUACUUUAGUAGUCCUGCUUAUAGCAUAUUAA